AAAGAGCUGGGAUGGGUACGUAAUUCAGGGGCAAGUUUUAUUCUACCUAUCAUUUAUUUCCUCAUAGCUGUUCACACUCCUCCUCCUAUCUAUUCACACACAACAACAUGUCAUUGAGAAACUUGGGAUUGAACUCCACCUUCCGCGGCCUCUUCACCAAGGGCCACGAGAUGGGAAAGACGGUGCAAACCGUGUUGGACUUCAAGAGCCAACCCCAGGAGUCGCUCGACUCCAUCAUGGUCAGAACAGACCAAGAGUUGGGUGGAUUUUCCACAGCCAACUUCAACGUGGACGCUGAGUCUGGCGCCGGCCACUUCCAUGGCUACUUGAACUUGGACUUGCCAAAGGAUAACCCAGCUGUCACCAGAUCUGGCUACGCCAUGUUCCGCACCAAGGACCAGAAGGAGUCUUGGUUGUCGGGAAACAGCUACUGGGACUGGUCUCACUUGAGCUCAGUGGUGUUGAGAGUUCAGGGCGACCGUCGCAAGUACUUGGUGAACAUUCAGGCAAACACUCCCUUGGUCACCGAUCUCUUCCAGCAUCGUCUUUUCCUUAACCAUCCUGGUGAGUGGGAAACAGUAGUGAUCCCUCUCCAAGACUUUGUCAUGACCAAUUGGGGAGUGAUCCAAGAUGGCAGUGAGAUCAACAAGGCUGAAAUUAAAACUAUCGGAGUGGGUUUGUUGGACAAGCAAUACGGUCCAUUUUCGCUCAAGGUGGACUGGAUCAAGGUCAUGACUGGUACUGAAGUUGAAAGAGAAACUCGCAGGGCUCGCACUGAAAGAUUAUCCAUAAGCACUCCUCCAAAGGAUCAACAAAAUGGAGGAAUUGAGGCAUCGACUGAAGCAAGUCCAUUUGGCUCCUCUGCCAUGCCAUCCACCAGCAACGACGACCCUAAAAACACCGUGUUUUAGAUUGAAUAACAAUCUACUGGAUGCUUGAAGACCGCUACUUCUGGGGUUCCGGGAUGCUCGCAUUUCUAGCAAUCUUCCCUUUGGGUAUGAGCAAGAUCAAUGAAUACGGCUUCAGGACCGAUUACCCCACAACUCACCC